GGGGGGGUGGGGCUAGCUAGUAAGUAAAAUGGCUACAGGAGGAGCUGAGCAGCAAAUGCUUCAGUUCGUGCCCUUCGUGAGCAGGCUGGACGCCGGCUUUUGGCACGAACUGAGUCGCAGAAAACUCGAAAAGUACCAUCUGAGCGAGGCGGCUCAGUAUAUCUCCGGAUACUACACAAACAAUUCAGUUCCUGGCCUACCUACAAAUCUACUCUUGGAAUACAGCGGAUUUGAAAAACCUCCAGUCCACCCUCCUUACGCAUUCCCGUGUCCCGGUUCCAUCAUCGUCCUAAACACAAUCGAGUCUUUCAAGACGUGCGACAAGAGGAAAAUCUUGGAGGAGACGGGGAGACAGAUCUGGGAUGAUAUCAACGAUGGCAGUGCAGUUGAUGAUCCAUCACUUCUGUCCAGAUUCAUGCUCCUUACAUUUGCUGACCUGAAGAAGUACAACUUCCACUACUGGUUUGUGUUCCCCGCACUCUUUCCCAACGACCCACUGACCACACUCUCCAUCAAGACCAUCGGCAGUGUAUGGAAUGAUCAGCAGCUGCAAAGUUUACAGAAGGCAUACGACAGUUUCCGAAGUGCCCAUCCCGGAAUAGGGUUUUUCAUAGUGGUAAUGACUGAUGAUGGAACUGCAGCUCUCCACGAGCUGAGAGAAGCAGAGACAUGUCUGUCGACAGAGAAGUUUAUGUUAGGAUUCUGUGACCCCAGCACCAUGGAAACGAACCCGGGAUGGCCUCUCCGUAACCUACUCAUCCUUGCAGCACAGAAGUGGAGUGACCGAUUGAACGUGGUUGACGUGUUGUGUUACCGUGACUACACCAGAGAUGGGAGGAGACUAGUGUCACACUCACUCCUCCUGGAGGGAGUCAAACUCCCCGACAAAAUGUCAACUGAUGUUCUCCCAAAGGUGACAGGCUGGGAGAAGAAUGACAAGAACAAGUCGGUGCCCAAGAUGGUUAACCUCUCUUCUUCGAUGGACCCUGUCAGGCUGGCUGAAUCCUCUGUGGACCUGAAUCUGAAACUGAUGAGAUGGAGACUUAUACCGUCGCUAGAUCUGGAGGCAGUCUCCUCCACAAAGUGUCUGUUGCUGGGGGCAGGCACACUGGGCUGUAACGUUGCUAGGUGCCUCAUGGGAUGGGGCGUGCGGCACAUCACUCUUCUGGAUAAUUCCACGGUCUCGUACUCGAACCCAGUCCGUCAGAGUCUGUUCACGUUCCACGACUGUUCCAGUGGCGGGAAACACAAGGCCAAGGCAGCUGUCGAGAGCAUGAGACUCAUCUUCCCUGGAGUGAAAGCUGAAGCAGUUGACAGCAGCAUACCAAUGCCAGGACACUCGGUUGGAACCAAUGCUGAAGCCAUACAGAAGGCCAGGAAGGAUGUGGAAACCGUAGAAAAACUCGUUCAAACACACGACGUGGUCUUCUUGUUAAUGGAUACCAGAGAGAGUCGGUGGUUGCCAACGUUACUCACCUCUGCCCACUCAAAGAUAUGCAUCAAUGCUGCACUUGGAUUUGACACGUACAUGGUCAUGAGGCAUGGCUUCAGACCACAGCCUGGAACAGAGACGGGAUCCCCGGGAGUCAUUGUGGGGGGGUGUGGCAGUGGCAUCCCUGGAGACCAGCUGGGGUGCUACUUCUGCAGUGACGUCGUUGCUCCAACUGACUCCACGCGUGAUCGGACCCUGGACCAGCAGUGUACGGUAUCCAGACCUGGCAUCUCCAUGGUGGCCGGUGCUCUCGCUACAGAGCUACUAGUGUCUCUUCUUCAGCACCCCCUCAAGGCACUGGCACCUUCAGACAGUCAUACUGAGGAUGACAGUGAGUCAGAGAGCUGUCUGGGCCUCAUUCCACACCAGAUUCGAGGAUUCAUGUCAAGGUUCCAGAACGUUCUGCCGGCCAGCCAAGCAUUCGAUAAAUGCACAGCUUGCUCGCCUGUGGUACUGAGUCGGUAUCGCGAAGAAGGGUUUGAUUUUCUUCUCAAGGCUUUCAAUACACCCAACUUUCUUGAGGACCUGACUGGGUUGUCGCAGCUGUACGCUGAGACUGAUGAUGACCAGGUUUGGGAGCUUAGUGAUGGCGAAGAUGACAUGUAAUACGUAUGUUUUUUAGACUCUUUAAACUCUGUUUGCUUUAGUUAACCCAUAACUAUACAGUGUGUGUGUGUAAGUGUUAUCUUCAUAAUGGUGUUGAACUAUGUAAAUUGCCAUCGAAGUAAAGUGGAAAUUUCUUGUAUACACAAUCUCUAAAAGCAGUUCUAUUAUAUUAGUGUCAUUAUGAUGCUAAUUUUGCCUCCAUGAAUCACUUGCGAAGUUCUUCUCUUGUUUUUCUGAUGGCACUCUGAAUUCGGGUUUUGUGAGCUGAAAGCUUGCUGAAGAUGCUCAUUUCACCAGACAAGUCACCAAUGUACACAAGGCAUCCAAAGAAGCACCCCAGAGGAACAUAGAGGAUGAUUGCUGCCACUAGAAACACUGGAGAGAGGAGUAACAGCGUGAAGAUGACCACAAGUAUCAGCACGAGAACCGAGACCAGAAAUAGAAGAUGAAUAUUCCCGAUGACGAGUAUGGCUCCUGCGAUUAGGGCGACUAGUCCGAGGUUUUCUCGAAAGAACGCCGACUCGAAAUCUUCCUCCGGCUCAGAGAGAAACAGUGCAGCGAUGAAAGAG